UUUUUCGGCUUGAACUCGGUCGCUUAACAAAGUGCAAAAUGUCGCUCGUUGUUCCAGAUAAGUUCCAACACCUUCUUCGUAUCAUGAAUACGAACAUCGAUGGCAAACGUAAAGUUGGUAUUGCCAUGACUGCUAUUAAGGGUGUGGGUCGCCGUUACUCCAACAUUGUUUUGAAGAAGGCUGAUGUAGAUCUGACUAAACGCGCUGGAGAAUGCACUGAGGAGGAGGUUGACAAGAUUGUCACCAUCAUUUCUUGCCCUUUGCAAUACAAAGUGCCCAACUGGUUCCUUAACAGACAAAAG